AUGACCCGCUUGCUUCACGUUUUCUCCAUCGCUGCUGUCGUCGCUACCGUCGCCGCUCAAGACCUGACUAUCAACACUCCUCCGUAUCAGCAAUCCCAAGCUCAACAAUGUGAACCCCUCCAAAUUACGUGGUCUGGAGGCACAGGUCCAUAUUUUGUGGUGUGUACUUUCUCCACUGCGAAAGCGCCAGGACUGACGUCGUUGCGAGUCGUAUGCAUUUUGCUUGGGACCGAUCUGCGCUUGUGUCUCAACGUUGCGAUUAGGGUGGAGAACAGUCCCGUCACGUCUACAUCCUACGUGAAUUUCGGCCAGCAAACGGGCACCGCGCUAUCAUGGCCUCAGGUCAACGCGACGAUUGGAACGCAGCUAGUGCUGCAGAUCAAAGACCAGACUGGAGCCACCAGAAAUAGUGCGCCAUUCACCGUUAUCAGCGGAGUUGGAAAUAGCUGCCUCAAUGCGUCCGGAGGCAGCGGUCCAACAAGUUCUGGCCCGUCGGGUACUAAUACUUCGAAUGGACAAACAUCAACCUCGCACACCAACACUGGCAGCAGCACGAGCACUGGUCCUAACAAACCUUCAAUGAGCCCCAGCUCGGCCGAGAAAACAGUGGUUGCGAUCUCUGCUGUGGUUCUGUCUUCGAUAGCACUGGCAAUAUCCCUUUACUAG